GCCAAUCGCUAUGAUUGUUUCUUUGUAAACUUUCAUCAGCUUGUGACUAGAUCUUCCAUUUGAAGACAUCAGUUGUGCAAGAGAGGGGUGAUAAACCACAAUGAUCAGAGGACUGGCUGCUUUGAUUCUUCUUAGUAUACUGUCUCUGAUGGAAACCAACAAGGCUUCUCAUCAGAUCUCUUUGACUGUGGCCGAACUUGGGGACAAUUUGACCCUGACAUGUUCAGUGGGGAGUGAACCUGGUCUGCUUUUCUGGCAUAAGCAGAGUUUUGGAUACGUGACUGAAACUAUUGUUUCAGGAAGUUUUGGCAAAAUAAAAAUGGAGGAACCAUUUAAUAACUCGAGAAUCAAAGUCACGAAAGUGAGUGAUGUGUAUUACCUUACCAUAACAAAUGUCAGCAAAGAAGAUGAAGCGACAUACUUCUGUCAAGCGGGAUCGCCAUACAACAUGAGAUUUAUCUCUGGAACUCUGGUGGCUGUGAAAGAUCCAAAAAAUCAGCAGAAAUCUGUCUAUGUGAAACAAAGUCCCAACAAAGAGUCAGUCCAGAUCGGAGGCUCUGUGACUCUGCAGUGUUCCCUUGUCAGCAGAAACCAAGUAAAGGUACCUCAGUGUCCUGACAACCACAGUGUGUACUGGUUCAGAGCUGGAGCAGAAUCAUAUCCAAGCAUCAUUUACACUCAAGGUAACAGCAGUCAUGACCAAGGGCAAAGAAAGUGUGUCUACCGUCUUUCCAAAACUAUCAGUGACGCCUCUGAUGCUGGGACUUACUACUGUGCUGUGGUCACCUGUGGAGAGAUCCUGCUUGGUGAGGGAACUAAAGUGGAGACAGAACAACAGUGUCUGCUGGUCAUUGUGUUCGGGGCACUGCUGGGCUGCAGUCUGCUUGUGAAUAUUGCUCUGAUCAUCAAAAGGAGGAAAAAGCCAGUUUGUGGACAUUGCAAAGGACGCGUAACAGCUUCGAAUCAUGCUGAACAAGACGGAUCAAAUGAGGGUCAGACAAGUAAUGGGAAUGGCGAAGAAGUUGAAUUAAACUAUGUGGCGCUGGAUUUCCCUUCAAGAAAAUCCAAAAGAUGGAAGGAGAAGAAGGAGUUGCAGGAGGAAUGUUUGUACUCCAGCAUGAGAGACAAAUCGUGAAAGGUUGACCCCAUGAAAAAUGAUCAGUUAUUGUUAUUGUUCAGCUUUUAAAUACAGUAAGAUACAUAUAGCGCUAUAACUGUCGGAUGUUGGCUGUUUAAACUAAAGCUGGAUACUGUCAUGAUUACUAAUGUGCUUUUGUUUUUGUCUUGUAUUGCAUAUCAGAUUGUUUUUGAAUAACCUCAUAAAAACAUGGAUAAACACGAAUAUUAUCAGAAAAAAACAUCUCUGACUGCUCUUCAAAUCUGUUGGUGCAGUCAAUCGCACAAUAGCUCUUCCCCAUUGUUUAAUCAAAUUUAUAAUUUAGCCUAUGAUUCAAACUAAUGCUGCUAAUCUCCACGCUCAACUGUCACUUUUUGCCACUCAGUGGUUGUAACCACAGGGACUUCGCUUGCUGUGACGUCACGUGCAUACCCUUCAACCAUGAAAAUGUCCUUUCUGUAUUUUUCCCAGUCAGUCAUACGUCUUUGGUCAGUUGAUUAAAAGAAAGGAUUGGAGUGAGACAAUCAAAAAUGUGAACACUUCAUAUCAGAUAAGAUUAAUAUGUAAUGCAGCAUCAGCUUCAGCCUGGAGAACGCUAUGGGUUAGGGUCCAAGGUUUGUCUAACGUGUUCAUUGUCUAAACAGGUUAGGUUAUUAAUGGUUAUUCACCAGCUGAUGGUGGUAAAAAUGCCAGCAGUAAGGCAUGAAAAAUCUCUUUGUUUAUAAUGUGGAAUUCUUGGAGAAAAGAAACGCUAUAUAAGGAGAGUGUUGGAGCUGAACUGUUGGCACCUGAAAGUCUCUCUGUUUCGCCCAGGAUUUUUUUGACACUGAUCUUUCUUCUAAUAAAGCUUUUUUGAG